AUCAUCGGGAAGUUAGUUAAUUUCAACAUGGCUGCACAGAGUGAGGGUGGGGGUAAAGAUGAUAUAAAAACACAUUUUGUUAUUCGUGAAGGAUCCUAUAAACUAAUGCCCCAAUCAGAGUAUUCAAAACCUAGUCGCGUUGGAUUUAAUGGGCAAGCAAAUACGCCAGUCAAAGUGUCUUUCGUGGAUGUGAAUGACGGCACAUCAUCGCCUGAUCGUUUGUGUUUCAACGUUGGCAGGGAACUGUACGUGUAUGUUUACAAGGGUAUUCGCAAGGUAAACCAGAUUAAUAAAGUCUGAAUGGCAUUAAAUGUUAACAUUUAGAGUUCACGACUUAAAAUUAUACGAUUUUUAAAUGUUAUUUUAUAUAGGUCGACAUCCAUUUAGUUAAAUUAAGAGCAGUCUUUAUUAGAUAGAUCAGAUCAUAUGAUAAUGAUAUAGUCCACUAAUGGGUAAACCGGGUGAUCACCUCACCAAGUAAGUAAGCAGGUUUAGUAAGUCACUAAGUCUAAGGAAUAAAGACUAAAGUAAAGUCCACUAAAAUACUACUCAAAUAGCGCUAGCUUGGCAUUUGAUUUUGAUUUAGGCUACAGCCAUGAGGCUAUGACUAGUAUUACUACUUGAUUUAGAGUUACUGUUUGACUGUUUGUAACACAGCAGUCAGCAGUGUAGGCUAGUUGAUAGUUAGAGCUACUUAAGUUAUAUAGCAGGCCUACACACAGUGGACUCAGUGGUAAAAUCGUUUGUAAAUGAAAUACAAAUGAAAUGGCCUUACAUAUUUUAUUAAAUGAAGUGACUGGAUGGGGAGAUUUGAGUCCUAUAAAUAAUUGCGACCUUUCAGAUCUCAAUUUGUUAUUUUGGCAAUAUGCAUGCACACAACAAUCAAUUUAUCAACACUUCCUGUUUCCACCCUCUUGCAGACAACAUGCCAUUGUCACCAGAUAACUAUAUUAUAUCUAUUGAAAUAUCUGGUAUCUGCGCAUUACCAGUUUUAACAAAAAACAAAGCAGAGACUGUGCGUUGUUCUCCUCUCUGUUUCUCUUCAUCUUUGGUAUCCUCAAAUAUUCCAUAUCUGAGCUUAUUUUUGCAGUGGCAUUAAGUUUUGCUUAUGGGCAGUAAAAUCAUACUGAUAUUCUGCAUGUAAUAAUGAUAUGUAAAACAAAAAGGUGAACAUCAAUGAAACUGAGUAAAUAAUGAAGGCAGUGUCUACACGUCCGGCGACCAAGUCACAUGACCGCCGUAACAAAGUGGCGAGAGAUAUCUUGUCGGUCAGCCUUGUCACGUGACGGUGAAUAAUUCAAAACUAUUGUUAAUUUUAAAAUCUAUUUCUCUACCAAGUAAUGUACUGAGUAUCUUGAAUGCAAAUAAUAGAAAAAAACUUAAGUGAAAGUGGCUUGUAAACAUUUUUGUUUAGUUUGUUUUUUGAGUUUGUGCACCAGUAAUCCAUAAAAUAAAUUAGGGGCCAGUGUGGAGUAGUAGGCAACCAAUAAAAGUAAAAGAUUUCAUUUUAAAUCGUUACAAAAUGUUUAAAAACUUCUCAUGAAACUACUGUUGCUGAUGAACAUGAUAAUAUAAAUAUAGUAUAAAAUGUUUGACAUUAAAAUGGAAAAAAAAAAAGAUCCUAUCCCCAGUAUUGAUCCUCAAACCAUAAUAUCGUCAAGCAACCACUCUACCACUAGACCACACAAGUUCUGCCAAACUGAUUUCGUUCGGAAUUAUAAAAACUACUAGCCGUCGGCGGUCACGUGACAUACCGCCGGGCGUAUAUCUUGUGCACUAUUUGUCCAGCGCGCCGGACGUGUAGACACUUCGAAUAAUGAACGUUCAUUGGUUGUUAUUUUUACCAAAUACCAUUGAGUUAGUAUGUUAUUCACUUGACCUUUGCACUCUGUUAUUGUUGUGGUGAUCCCAUUAUUAAGGUUAUUUACUGAAUAAAAUGCACUUUUUUUAUUUUUUUUUUAUUUACAAGAAAAGCAUAAAUAAAUUAACAAGUAUUAAAGAAACAAUAUUUUUUUUUACUGGUAAUAAUCUAAAUGUAGUAUAAUAACUGAAUUUGGUAUCAAAAUGAGGUGGUGCAGUCCGUACUGGCACAUUCAUAGUUAUUUAAACCAUAAAAAAGGACAAACCCACAUUUUCAUAUAUUUUUUUUUAUUUUAAAAGCUAGUUUUUUGGGUUUGUUUUUUUUUGUCGGCUAUUAGGUUACAUACAAAGAUUCAUCCCUAAUACGUGUUGAUGGAAGGAUUGUGCUCUACCCAUAGCAAAUUUUGCCUAGGAUGCUUAGCGUACUUCCCAUCAUGUUAUUUGUAUUGGGAACGUCACACUUUAACCAUCACUGGCCUUUAUUAAAUACUACUAUUUAUACUAAAGAUAUAGUUACCCCUUGUAGGUACUAUUAUAGUUCACUGCCCACCGUUCUGUGCAUGUAAAACAAAAAGAGGUUUUCUUGUUCUGAAACGCUUUCGACAUUUGAUUUUUGUUAAUUUCCUUUUAAAGCAGAAAUUUUUAUAAAUAGAUGGAUUACCUCAUCAGUUAUGUAAAGAGGAUUCCCUUCUUUACACGGUUAUGCGAAUUUCAUGAGGAGGUGAUAUUUUUUGUUAUGCACAGCUGUGUGGUGAACAUUUGGUAAGGUUUAAGUUAAAACUUUUAAAUUAGUAAUUAUAUGCAAUACUGGCUCAGUUUUAGUUAUAGUCCAUAUAUUUCUCAACAGUAGAUAUUUUAAGUUGUUACAUUUGAACUUUAUACUAAAAGGAUAUGGGCUACUAUGUGUGUGGGGGCUGAGAUGGAAAAUAUGGGCAAAAAAAUCUUUUACUUUUUUCCUCUGUGUGCCAAAGUGGCUGUCAAUAACUCUAAUUUGUACUACCGAUACUGACACUCUUUACAAUCACAUUUUUACUAAUUAACCCAAAAUUUAGUAACUUAUGUGACUUUAUACUCCAUAUGUAAAAAUAAUAAAAUGUGUUAAGGUCUAUUAGGAUUUAUAGUUUUAAAAAAACAAUCAUCAAAUAUUUCUAAAGCUACAGUUACUAUAGAAGCGUAAAGUGUAUGUGUCGUCCCCCCCCCCCUUUUUUUUUUUUUUUCCACUUCUUUUUUUUAGCUAAUUAGGGUCUCGUGCUACUGGCAGUAGUACUUCGCUAUGUUCUGUUGUAGUUUUUAAUAAAUUUUAUUUUAAACAUGAUAUGUUUUUGACAAUUAUAUCCCCAUUUAACUAUUAUAAUUAAAGGAAAUGAUAGUCAUUUAAAAUCCCAACCCUCUCUCCAAAGUAAAUCACUAAAAGCCUAGCCUGAGGAUAAACACUGCAAAGCUCAAAUUAAUAUAUUUUUGUGUGAAAAUUGCUCAUUCGCAGACUUGUUUAAAAUAAAAUAAUUAGUCUAUACAAAUUUAUUUUCAUCAACAAUAUCAAAUAAAUACAUAUGCCUCAACAUCAUUAUAUCAUCUAAAUUAGGACAUAGAAAAAUAAAUUAAACUUAAAAAAUUAAAAGAAAUCAACAGUUUACAAAAAACAUAGAGGUAGAUAGACAAAUACACUAUACUUAAUAUUUAUAAUAAAAGAAAUAAGUAUACACAAAAAAAUGGAAUUACAUGAAAAAGAAAAUAGCAAUUGUAUAGAUUCAGGAUUAUGAUUAAAUGUUAUUUCCAGGCUUCUUGCAGGUACUAGAGAAUAUUUUAAUGUGCUUUUGAUACUUUCGACUAUUGAGAUCUCGGUGGAAUUUAUUCAUUUACCAAUGAAAAAUGUUUGGACAUAGAUGACAAAGUUUAUGAAGGGAAGAUUGUUGGAUUCAUCAACAAGAUCAAGAAGUGAUGUAGAGCAGUCUACCCAGGAACUGACAGGCAGAACAUCCUUAUUACCUUGCAUUCACAUACCGGUUUGCUUGUGUGGAGGAUUUUCAUUAUUCAAAUUUAAAAAAAAAUAUAUAAAAAUAAGAGACCUUCUAUAUUAUUUUUUUAUAUAAAAUAAUGCAGCUUGUAGUUCAUUAAAUUUCAAUGGACAUAUUUUAUUUUUUAAAUUUUUGUGCAUAAUUUUUCUUUUCAGGAUUUUAUGAAGUUAUGCACUAAUAAAAUCAUAAAUUUAAAAAAAGUCUUGAUAUUAUGUAAAAGUUUUGUUGUUAAUUGUGGUGUAUAUUGCUUUGAGAAUGUCUCCUGAAAAUUUGGCAUCAUUAUCUUAAAAAUAAAAGUUGUGGGCAAAAAUGUUGUUAAAUACAAACAAUGGUUGUAUGAGGUGCUUAUACAAGUUCACAAAAACAAAAUAUAAAAAAAAAAAAAAUUCAACUCUAUAAAAGAUAGAAAUAGGAGUUGGUAUUUUUGGAAAUCUUAUUGCUAGCCGUUUAAAAUGAUAUAUCUUUGAUGCCAUUAGUCAAUAUUUAAAAUUUCAGUGGAUACAUUGAGAAGCGCUGUAGGUAGAGCACAAUAAUUCCUUCCUCACAGAGGCCUAAGCCUAAUUUGGGAUGAACAUAGCCUUGUCAGCUGCUGUAAAAAUUAUUUAUUUUUUAAAAUGUUCUACAGGUAUAUAGGCAACCUAUCAAUUUAAUGAAUAAAAACAUCAAUUACUGUGAGUGCUUUUUGAGAUAUGAAUUUUGUAAAAUGUGAAUUUGUUAGCACCCUUUUUACCAUGGACUGCACCUCACCAUUUCGUGACCCAAUUCUUUUGUAAUGUAUGGUAAUGUUCGUGGUCUAUACGGAGACCUCUUCUAUUAUUAUUCUCCUCCUAUAAACCGAUAAACGUACAUGGGUUUCCUUGUAAAAAUGUCUGGUGUGGGUGGAUGAAUAUACCUAUGGUGUUGUUUUGCUUAUAUGUUGUUUUAUUUCAUUUAUGUAUUUUAUUUUAAUAGUAUGAUUAUGUCUCUUUGCUAUAUAUGUACAGUGCGGUGAGCCCAGCCCUAGGCCGGGGUACCGCGCUAUAUAAGACCACUUAUUAUUAUUAUUAUUAUUAUUAUUGUGGUGUUCUUUAUAAAAUUAAGAAAAUGUUAAAUUUCGUUGGACAGGAAUUAGAACUUAUCAUCCACAUCCAUCUAUUGAUUUCAAAUUCUUUGAGAUAUUACAUGUUACAUAAUGUAAAAUGGUUACAUUUUGUUAAUCCUACUGGGCAAGUCACUUGUAUGAAGACCCACCCAGAGUCACAACAAUAAAAAAAAAAAGCUGACUGCGCUGGAGAGAAUAUCCUGAGAGGAAGCUGGAUUGUAGAGCAGCAAAAGUGAUCUACAGGUGGAACACUAGGGACAGACAGAAACCUAGGGACAAACAGAAACCUAGGGGCAGACGGCUCAUCAAGUCGACCAAUGCUGAGAGGGAUUGAUGAUGUAGAGAAGGACUUACGUCAGCUGGGUCCCACACAUGGAGACGGAAAGCCAUGGAUUGAUCCCAUUGGAAGAAUGCAGUGGAGCAAGCCUGUGCACUACAUGGGAUGAUACCGACAGUGUGUUUUUUGUCAUCCCUCUAAAAUAUCAUCACCAGUUAAAUAUAUUUAAUUCAUUAUUUUGCAGGGUGGGGUAAAAACUGAAAGCAGGCUUAAAACAAUACAAUGAACCUGAUGGCUAAUUCAAACUAAUUGCCUUCUUCAGUAAACAAAAUAACAUUAAUAAACAUUAGAAAUAACAUAUCUUAAUUUUUAGAGCUGCGAGCUGUGUCAGAAUGUGAUGCAUGUGAGGACAAAUCAUCAGGCCUAAUAAGUUGAUUUUCAGCAAAUUAAUGUCCAACCUCUUGCCCCUAAUUUUAAAAUCGCCUCCCUGUGGGACAUAAAUUUACAGUUGGGAAAUACUGCCUUAAUGUUAUUUUAAAAACAACCUUUCUGUUUCAUUUAGACAAUCUUACAUCCUUUAAAAAGAUGUUACAACUCUUUUUCAUUUCUAAUUUGGCCUUGAAGCACAUGUAAAAACAAAUGGACAAUAUAGAAUCAUCAAAUGGACAAUAUAGAAUCAUAAACAUGGACCAGACAUGUUUUCUCUUUGGUCUAGACACACAUGUAAACAAAUGUACUUUAUAGAAUCAUGAACACAGAUUAAACAUGUUUUUAUGUUGGUCUAGAAGCGCAUAAACAGACUACAUUGAAUCAUGAACAUAGACAAAACACAUUUUUCCAUUGGUCUGGAAGCACAUGUAAACAAGUCGACAACAUAGAAUCAUGAAAUAUGUGACGGUCAGAUUACAUGGUAUUUUUUUUUGUUAGGAGUCCAAACAUAUGACAAGGUGCUUAGUCACGUGCAGAAAGACAAUAUUAUACAUGUAUUCAAUACGCACUUUCAUUGAGCAAAUGCUUGAUGUUCAUGGCGAUUCCAUGCCCAACAUGACCACACAACUGCACUCUGUUUACGCAGUGUUUUUAGUAUUACAUAUAGAUUGAAUGGAAUUUUAUUAAUUUAGAAUUUUAUUUAGAAAACAGUGAAGGUCUGUAAAUCCAACGUACCGGUAUGUAGAAUGUGCAGGUACAAGUAUGUAACAGCAAUGUGAACAAUCUUCUGACUCUACUAUUUGUCAUUAUCUGUGUGAAUAUCUUAUUAAAUAGCAGAUAAACAAUCAAUAUAAUAGUCAUUGUUGAUUCUGUUGCAGGCUGCUGACUUAACUAAACCAAUUGACAAGAGAAUUUAUAAAGGGACAUUACCGACCUGCCAUGACUUUAACCAACAUUUUCUCACCCCUGAGAGUGUUCUGCUCUUGGUUGGUUUUACAGCAGGGCAGGUGCAGCUCAUAGAUCCAAUUAAGAAAGAGAUCAGCAAACUGUACAAUGAAGAGGUAAUUAUUUUUGCAUGCUCCAUCACAAUAUGUUCGUUUUUCCUAUUGUUUUUGUCUGCGUUUGGACAAAGGUUGUGCUUAUUGAUUGGCAACUGAUCUGUAAACAGACUAAUCUGCCAUUUUGGUGAUUAAAAAAAAAAUUGAAUCUAGAUAGGUUUGGAGGAAUCUUUGAUAUUUUUUGGGGGUUGCAUCUAAUUUGCUCCCGAAUAGGUGUGGGUAAGGCUAGAGGGCAACACCCCUCCCCCCCGGUUUUCUUCCUGUGAUGUCUUCACAAAUCAAAUAACUUUAUUAUAAUUGUACUUUUUUUCUGAGCUGUCAUUUUUAAUAGCUUGAUAUGACAUAACCAACUCUACUGAGGAUUUUUUUUUGUUAUUUCUUAGCCACUAAAACUGCACUAGGGUGAUGUGUCACAAGUUACAUUUUUUUUUUGUGCUUCUGAAAAAAGUUUUGUUUUAAUCUAUAAAAAGUGCAAUUAAAAUAAGGAUCCAUCCGAAACGGAACAAAAUAAUGAUUUAGUACUACAGUGCUGAUGAAUAGGCACCAGUUUCAGCUCAUGAGGGGUAAUUAACAUGAUUGUCUACUUUUUAUUUGUGGUUUUGUAGGCAUUUUGAAUUUUAAAAAAAUUAAAUAGAGUAGGCCUGUUUUAUCUUUUUUUGAAAAAAAAUAAAAAGGUUUGUGAUAAUGAACCCAAUUAACGCAAGAAACAUUUUAACACUAAAGUAUUGUCAAUAAAAUUAUUAGUCAAGAAAGGCAUAACAAUAAUAUUUUAUUUGUUUUCAUACAGUGACUAAACUGAAGCUUAUGUGUAUUUAUUUCAGAGACUUAUUGACAAGACCAAGGUGACAUGCAUCAAAUGGAUUCCAUGCUCCCCCAAUCAGUUUCUAGUAUCACAUUCUUCAGGACAAAUGUAUCUUUACAAUGAAGAGCUGCCUUGUGGGCAGACACCCCCGAACUAUCAACCAUUCAAGCAGGGUGAAGGUUAUGCCGUUUACACCUGUAAAACCAAAAGCACCCGCAACCCCAUGUAUAGAUGGGUCAUUGGUCAGGGAGCUAUUAAUGAAUUUGCCUUUUCACCAUGUGCAAAAUACUUGGCUGUUGUCAGCCAAGAUGGACAUCUUCGAGUAUUUCAGUAUAGUACUAUGGAAUUAUUAGGAACAAUGAAAAGUUUCUUUGGUGGUUUGCUAUGUGUGAACUGGUCACCAGAUGGGAAGUAUCUUGUGACUGGAGGAGAGGAUGACUUGGUUUCAGUUUGGUCUUUCCAUGAAAAGCGUGUCAUAUGUAGGGGUCAUGGUCAUAAAUCAUGGGUCAACAUGGUGGCGUUUGACCCCUACAAUUCUAUAGUUUGUGAUGAAGGUACCAGUGAUGUGAUAGGACCAGAUGGUGAAGUACUACCAGCACGGGCACCAUCUCUUGUAAGUGAAGGAAGCAAUCACAUAGGUAAAAUAGAUUCUACCAGCUGUGACUUUACCCCUAAUAGUUUACCCCCGCAGCAUCCUAAUGGGCGACACAUAACCACAUCUAAUCAUUUUUCUUCAUCGACACUAGAAACAAGUACAACCUUGAACUGCAUUUCUUAUCGUUUUGGCUCUGUUGGACAGGACACUGAGUUGUGUUUAUGGGACUUAACAGAGGAUGUUUUAAAGCAGCCCUAUGGUAAGUCUCGGACUAGCAGUGUGGGUCUUACAGGUCUUAAUACAUCAUCAGCUUCUCUACCCCGCUCCAACAGCUUGCCCAGUUCACAGAAAACAAACAAUGUUGCUACUGUUGUGGGCAAUGAUGUUUCUGCCAAUGCCUACGCUGAUGGUCAUGCUCACCCCAUACAAAAUGCUGUGAUGAAUGCUAGCUCUAAAUUCGCUACACUCUCAGUGUCUGAUCGUAAAGAUACCACUGAAAAGAAAGAGCAUAAAAGAAACUUCAGUUUAGCUGCAAGAAAUAGUGAAAAAUCCUCUGUUGUGAAAUCAAACAAUAUUCGUCCAGUGGAUAGUGCAAUGAAGCUCUAUGGCACUCAAGCAUGUCCCCGGUUAGAUCAAGUACCUAUUUUGGAGCCAUUGGUAUGCAAGAAAGUUUCUCAUGAGAGACUAACUUCUAUUUCAUUCCGAAAUGAAUGUAUAGUAACAGCGUGCCAGGAAGGUAUUGUGUUAACCUGGGCAAGGCCUGGAAAAACAGUAAGUAUGUUUUCUUUUCUUUUUUUCUCUUUUUUUUAAUUGCUUGAAUAAAUAUUUACGUAUUUGUUUGCAGCAGCCAAGAGAUGGCAUAUUUUAAGCAUUAUUGUUAUAUUUUUCAUUAAUAGUUGAUGUGAUAAUGAUAUAUUGUCUUAAAAUUGACUUAAAUAUCUUUGAACAAAACUUAGGAAAUAUUCAGUAUUGUUAGUGUUAUCUAGGUUUUCAUAUUAAAAUGCAGAUCAGUUUUGAUUUAUAACCCUUGUGGGCUUAAUGAAAGGCUUAAUAAGUACUGAAGGUAGUGGAAAAACCUGAAAAAAAAGGGUGCAACAAACGCGUGGGCCAGGAUCUUUCGUCAGUAAAAAAAACAACAAAUAAACCCCAACUUUAAUGAAUUUAAAAUAAAGCAUUGCUUAAAUUUAUCAUCCUAGAGAAAGGUAGUGUACUUCUUGCCCACACUUUCAUUGUUUCAUUGCAUCCUUUUUUCAGGUUUUCAAGUACCUUGUAUUAACAAUUUCCUUUUACCUAACCCCAUCACUCUCUUUCCCCCUUGUUAUCCUUGGUUUAAGGACUAUGAAAAUAAGAGAAUGUACAUGGAUUUGUUUUAACAAAGAGACAAUAGCAGGCAUAUUUAUUUUUCUAUAUAUGACUGAAUAUCAUGUUAUGCUUAGCGCUGUUAUCAGAUUAUGAUUCUAUUUCACCUUUUCCAUAGGUGAAGGAUGGAGCUGAAUGAUGUUUACUGAUGAUUAUUUGAUGCCAUAUAUAAUAGCAACGAAGAACACAGUCUGUGACUUAUUGCAAGCAACAAAGAAACUGAGAAAAAGAAUAAUUGUGCAACUGCAGAUGGUAUAUUCCCUAGUCUCAGCACUAGCUGCUCCACACACCUUGCCUUGUUAUUGCUCUGUUUCCCCACACAAAAAUGAAUCAUUUGAUGCAGCUGGGCAAGUUUAGCUGAAGUUGUUGUAAUAUAUUUAUUCAGUGAUCAUUGUUAACUGUCCAAUGUUUACUCUUGUUUGGUUCAAUGAAAUGCUUAUAACUUCAACCUCACUAGCAGAUUUUUAAAUGAAAACCAUAACAUUUUGGUCUUGUGGCCUUUUUUAAAAAACAAAACUAUUGUUGGUUUGUAUUCCAGAUGCCCAUAGUUCACCAUAGAUGGUGCUCAGCUAUUAUAUACUUCUCACCCAUCCACCCUUGUUUAAAUGAUGUAUGUGAAGUGUGAUGUCUGUCUAUUCAGUGUUCAUCCAUUGACUGAGAAAUAUUAACAGUUCAUUUAGUGGAUAUGAGUCAGAUAUAGGGUUGUUGAAUUAUUUUUUAAACAGGUGUAGAGCUUAAGUCAUUUUGUACUUUGGAUAGAGCUGACUGAAUGAGACUUAUCCCCUGUGUCUAAACCAUUUUCAUAAAAAAACGCUGUCUUUGAUAAAUGUAAUAUUUUAAUAAGGGAACCUACUAUAAUGCACCGCUAUAUGAAGCGGAUUUGUCAUGAUUCCCAAAAUUUCAUACUGGUUUGUUCAUUGCUCAUUAAAUUUUGUUCUUUAAGUAUAUAGAAAAAAAAAAGAAUAUUAAAAAUAUAUAUUCUCAUACAACACAAUCACAAAUCCAUUAACACUAGCCCAACUGUAACACCUGAUUGCUUACUUAGCAAAAUAAUUCUGACAAGAUUCGCAGGAAAUAUUGAAAAAACCCACAUAUGUGGACCCAAACUACUGUGUUAUAGUGAGGUUUCACUGUCUUUACUUUCGUUUAUACUGGCUUGUGUUUGAAUUUUUUUUCCCUCAAAAAGGUUGUUCAGACCAAUCUAUGGCAGGAAAACGUUGUUGCCUAUAUUUUGACAUUGUCUGAGCAAGUGUUGAUUCUGAGUUUGGCUGUUACUGUUGCACACACCAUGUCAGACUCCAUCUCCAGCUUCCAGCAGAAUGGGACAUUCCUUGAGCAGGUGUUCAAUCAAAGUUUUAUUAUUAUAUCCAUCACUGAUGCUUCAAUUUCAGCAUCGUAGUUGAACUUUCCAUAAAGCUUGUCAUCUUGUUAGCCAGGUUGCAGUUUUGAAGUGUUUCUUUCCCACUUUUAAUGAAAACUGGGUCGUGUUAUUUUCUAUAGAUUAAUCAUUUGGAUCCAUGAACUCAACCCCAUUUUUUCAAACUUUAUAAGAGCAUCUGAAAAUGUUCUCCUACUAUAUGAUGUUGGUUUCUAUCAUGCCAUUGAGGGCACAUAAUUAUUCCUGUACUACAUGCUGUAAUUUGGAUUCAAAAGCUCUCAGUACAUUGUAAAUGUAUUCAUGAUCAGCCCAAAUGGAAGACAUUUGGCUGUAUUUAGCAUAAUAUUGGUAUGAGCUGUUAUUAACUCAUGGAGAUCCCUUGGCUUUUUUAAAAUGACUUUAUUCAAGUUUGAUGCACUUUGAUGAAACUAUUAGAGCACGUUGCACAUUUUCAAACAAGUUGACUGGAACAAAUUCAUUGUUUUGUAGACUAUAUAAAGUUGACAAUGGUCAAUGGACAAUUCUGGUCAAUGUGGGCUAUUACAAAAUGAUGUCAUGAAAAUUUGUUAGUUUGAAAUGCCAAGAUGGGUUUAUUGUAAGUCUAGGUACAGGAGUGCCCAUUUCUGGCCAUUUAUUCCACAGCUUUCUUUGGAUAAGACUUAGAAUAACUGAAUUUUUUUAAUUGUGCUAGUCAUUCUAGUAUUUUGUUCCCGUGUUUUGAUUGUAUAUUUCAUUUAUUCCAAUAAUGUCAAUAUCAAAGUGUUGCUUAACAACUAUUAGUAAUUAGCACCACUUAGUUGCAAUGUGUAAAAAUUUAAGUUGAAAAAAAAAAAUUAAAAUAGUUCCUUUCGCUAUAAUAAUAAUGAAGUGUGGUUAGUUUUGUAUACUGACUUUGAUGAUUGAGGCAACCAAUAAAACUUACCAUAAUAAUUUUACAAUAUUUUAAUGACGUUAUUUAAAUUUUGUAAAAAACCCAACAAAGUUUGUUUGCAAUCACAAGGUUUUAAUGCUAUUCACAAAAUUUUUUUAUGAAUGUCUUCUAUAGAAAUGUGUAUGGUUAAAUGUUAAUCAGAAUUUAUUACGAUUGCUUGAAUGCCUGACAUUUCUCUUUGUGAUUCUAGUACUUACACAAAUUAAAUUAUGCACUUUUUGUUGGACUAGCAAAGCCACAAUGCAAUUUAUGGUAUUUGUUUUUAUUUUUAAUAAUGAACUUAUUGCAGAAAGGAUGAUGCCGAAAGACUUCACCGCAAUUUAAAUUUAAUAGUCCAGUCACUCCAUUUAAAGGUGCAGAUUUAUGAAAAUUAUCAUUUCAAAGGUACUCUACACUACUGUGGGCUAAUAUUGAUCUUUACAAAAAUAAAAUUGUAUAAAAUUAUGAAAUUGAGCAGGGAAACAAGUUUGUGAUCAUUUGUUGAAUAUGUCCCACGGUUGCUUAAAAAAAUUGAUCAAAUUAGGCAUCUGAUAAUCUAUGAUUAACUGUGUUCACCAUAGAGAACAAAUAUUGCGAACCUCUGCCACAUGUUGCCCCAACUCAUGAAUAAAUGUUCCUAGGUUGUGACCUCUAAUUGACAUAUCCCAUGGGCUUCGCCUGGCUUGUAGGUAUGAAAUGGACGGAUUUGUCAGCGUGCAAGCCUGGCACUUACUUGUAGGUAACUGAUGGACUGAUUUUGUCAGUGUGUAAGCAUUAUCUUUUCUCACCUCUCACUAUUAUUAUUAUGAUUUGAUAAUUUCCAAGUCAAGUUUGUAUGACCAUUAAAAAGCAGAACAAUAACUGCCCUAAUUAAAAUGUUUUAAAGUAUGUCAGACAGAUAGCAUUCUCCAUGUCCCACAUCAAUGAGUCAUUUGUAAAUGUUAACUUAAUUAUAACAUGUGUUCAGUUGGAAGUUUAAGGACUAUAGAAAUAGAAUUGAGUUUUAUCUGUAGUAUUUUAAUGUGUGUUCACACUUCAGGUUUCUCCCUGAGAUUCUUAGCUGGUGAACUGUUGCCAUAUGAAUUGCAAGAUAUCUGUGACCAUGUGGACAAAAAAAUAGUCAACAAGUGCCAUUUUAUGGCUUUGUAAAAAGUUGCAUUAUUUUGUGGUCUUCAAACACAAUAGUCAUAUUUUUAUCUUUGCACAUGCAUUGUCAUCAGUUGACAUGACUUUUGAUAAAUUAUAUUAGAUACUACUGGCCUUCCGGUGAGCAUAUUUUAUAGUUGGAAGAUUAAAAUUUGUAGAUUUUAUUUUUUUGGAAUGGUCAAAACAAAAAAAGAUGAGGCAUUAGAAUUUAGAAUUAGAGGCUUUAAAAAAAAAAAGUUUAAUAAUGGUAUUUUAACAAAAAAAGCUUUUUCCUUUUUUUUCUUUCUUUUUUUUUUGCCUUGCAUGGAUGGUUGAUUUAAGUCUAUGUUUGAAUAUAUCCACUUCCCUGCCAUCCACAUAUGUCAGCAGUAAAAUUUAUGGUCAAAUGAUGGGUUAUUCGCUCUUUUUAUAGUGCAAAUUUAAAUGAAAAAAGCAGCAUUUAUUCAAAGAGCCUCAUGGUGCUGACUGCUGUGCUAGGACAGAAACAUAAAUGUAAGUUCUGCUUCAGAAGUAUAGUUGUACCUGCUCAUUUUGAAUAUCCAUGUGGUAUAUCUGUGUGUCAGUCAUAAAUUUCUGUAGAUUAUUAUAGCAAGUUAUAGCAGUGGAUUCUGCACUUUGAUUUAUCACUGAAAUUUGUGGCUGCUACAAGUAAGUGAAGGUACUUUUUAGGGUUUCAAGUGUUAAGGGAGAGGAAAAAAAAAAGUGGGGAUGGGGGGUUGGGCUGCACAUAUUUCUUUACUUGUUAAAUUUUAAAAAAAUUCAACUCAAUCUCCAGUCAGAUACGGUUGUGUCAUUAUUUGUGUUGAGCUCCAUGUGAAAUGGCAAUCAAAGCUAGCAACAAAUGCCAUCAUUACUUAUUACUAGCUAGCAGCACAUGACAUCCUUGCUUAUUAUUAGCUAGCAACACACACAUUUGAUGCGUUUAUAUGGAUUAAAGAAAUGCUUAUCGCCUGGGGGGUGGGGCGGGCAGAUUAUUUAUUGAUACCUAUUUAUACAUUUGGUCUGUCUGUUGUCAUUCUUUGAUGGAAAUUCUGGCUUUGCUAUCAAACUGUUGUGUUCUCAGUCUGUUGAGCAGAGCUGAAAUGUUGACAUAACUUGUAUAUAUACAUUGUGAUUUCUACUUGAGACUAGCUGAUAAUAUUGUCUGUAUUCUCUUUGACUUUGGUCAGCCAUCUCUAUGGAGGGAAACACAGCUAAUAUUCUUUGAUUUGUGUAUAGACUGACAAGUCACCAUUUCUAUUCUCAAAUAAGAAAAGAAAAAAGAAAAUGUCAUUUCAGUAAUAAAUGAUUGGUC